AUGUCCACUCCCCAGCCUGACCUCCAGACGCAGUACAACAACUACAAAAACACCCUACAAAACAUAGCAGCCAAGAUUGGCGACCUUGAGACGGAAUCGGAUGAGCACACACUGGUCAUUCAGACAUUAGAGCCCCUGCCAGAGUCAAGGACCUGCUACAGAAUGAUUAAUGGCACCUUGGCCAAGCAAACCGUCAAGGAUGUCUUGCCAACCCUCAAAACCAACAAAGAAGGCUUGACGAGUGUUAUGGACACCUUGCUCAAGCAGUACAAGACAACGGAAGAUCAAUUCAACAAAUUCCAAAAGGACAACAAGAUCAAAGUGGUGAGGCAAUGA